AGCUCUCAAAACCGUUACAACCGACCAAAGCAAAAAUACACGGCACUCGGAGUUUCGGGUUUUUUAAAGUUUUAAAACAAAUCCAAAGUGGACGGCGAAAAGAAAUAGAGAAUACUAAAUAAUAAAAAUAUAUAAAUAAUCUUAUUUUGCUACGCAAUCACAACAACGACAACAAAUGUAAUAUGUAUCAGUAAAAUAUUUAGAAAAUUUUCAAAAGAGAGAUAAUGAAAGUGAAAAUUGAAAUUGAAUUUCGGAAAUCAGUUGAAGGCACAAAAUAUUGAAUACUUCUACUUCUGAUCGUGUUUAGAGAAAUAAAACAAAGAAGUGAUAAGAGAACGAUACACACACACACACCCGCGUCUAAAAGUUCAUUAAGUGAUUUUGAGUCAUAGUGAAGUUGAUUCCAUUUCCAAGAAGAGCACGCUCGACACAAUCGUUGGCCAAACAAUUUGGCGUGUUUGCAAGGCGACUUUGAGCGCCGUUUAGGAGAGACACUUUUGUGUAACCAAAAGCUUCCACCAUGGCCACAAACACAGAAAUUUUGCCCUUCCACCAUCAGACGACACUGUCGUUGCAGACUGCUGCUGCACUGACCAACUACCAUGGAGGCGGCGGCGGUGGCGGUGGUGGCACCAGUGGCCUCCACACGGCUACUCAGCUGGCAGCUGCUGCCUGGAGCAUGGAGGACCACCUCUACCAACAGACUGAGCUACCCGGCCUCACACGGACGGCACAUCAUCUGCUGCGUUUCACUCCCUAUGCUUUGCAUCAUCGUCCCCAGCUGCAGUCAUUACCACCCGCGUUGUAUCUCCAGCAUGCAGCUGCCGCAGCAGCUGCGGCGGCAGCGGCUGCAGCUCAUGCGCAGCAUCACCAUCACCAUCAUCACAUGCAACAGAGACCAGCGUCUCCUGAUAGCCCACCUCCUGUUGAGGGCCUACAGAUAACGAAUCUCUUUCCCGAAAUUUUGGAAAUGAUUUUCGACAAACUCUCCGUGAAGGAUUUGGGAAGAGCUGCUCAGGUGUGCACCACUUGGCGAGAUGUGGCCUAUUCGAAGAGUAUUUGGAAAGGCGUCGAGGCCAAAUUGCAUCUGAAGAGAUCGAGUCCUAGUCUAUUUAAUUGUCUGGUAAAGCGGGGCAUUAAGAAAGUCCAGAUUUUGUCACUGCGAAGAUCGCUCAAGGACCUGGUCAUGGGCGUUCCGGCUUUGACCUCCCUCAACCUCAGUGGCUGCUUCAAUGUGGCCGAUGUCAAUUUGGGCCAUGCUUUCUCUGUGGACUUGCCUAAUCUGAAAGUUCUAGACCUCUCGUUGUGUAAACAAAUCACGGAUACUAGUCUCGGCCGCAUAGCACAGCACCUGAAGAACCUGGAAACCCUGGAACUUGGUGGAUGCUGCAACAUUACCAACACCGGCCUCCUGCUGAUUGCGUGGGGUCUGAAGAAACUGAAAAACCUAAACCUACGUUCCUGCUGGCACAUCAGCGAUCAAGGCAUUGGUCAUCUGUCUGGUCUCAACAAAUCCACCGCCGAGGGAAAUUUGGAAUUGGAGUACCUUGGUCUGCAAGAUUGCCAACGCCUGAGCGAUGAAGCUUUGGGCCACAUAGCACAAGGUCUAACGUCACUAAAAUCGAUCAACCUAAGUUUCUGCGUCUCCAUAACCGACAGUGGUCUAAAGCACUUGGCCCGAAUGCCGAAACUGGAGCAGCUCAAUUUACGUUCCUGCGACAACAUAUCCGACAUCGGCAUGGCCUAUCUCACUGAAGGUGGUAGCGGCAUCACAUCCCUGGAUGUGAGUUUCUGCGACAAAAUCAGCGACCAGGCGCUUACCCACAUUGCCCAAGGCUUGUACCGACUGCGCUCGCUGUCACUCAACCAAUGCCAAAUAACGGAUCAGGGCAUGCUCAAAAUAGCCAAAGCACUAACGGAUUUAGAAAAUCUAAACAUCGGCCAGUGUUCUCGCAUCACAGACAAGGGCCUGCAGACGUUGGCAGAAGAGUUGUCCAAUUUGAAAACCAUUGAUCUCUAUGGCUGCACCCAACUGUCUUCCAAGGGCUUAGAUGUCAUCAUGAAGCUCCCCAAAUUAGUCAAAUUAAAUCUCGGCCUGUGGCUUGUGAGAUGAUGUGCUUCGACCCCCCAAACCGGAAACGUCCAGAAGCACGGGUCAGCGGCCACCGUCAAAUCAGUUCACACAGACCCCGACCAAAAUGACACGUAUCGAGCCUAUGCUUUAGAUGCAUUUCGGCCAGGAAGGAGUGACGACUACCAACGACAUGAUGAUGAGACCCCUCGCAGUUCGUCGCCGCAUCGCAGGGACAUUCAAAAACCAACCAACUGACAAUGCUGUUUCAUCUCCAAGCAGAAUUUAUUGUCUGCUCAUCGCAACGACAAGAAACGACGGCACUCUGGACUUGCAGAGUCGUCUUUGAGUUACUGAUGCUACAACAACAAGAACAACAAUGGAUGGUUAGAGAUGCCAGAAGGCCAGCGAACUAAAGAAAUGAACGAACGAACGUACAUACGCACGCCCGCACUACACUCAAGAACAGGCGCGAUCAAAGAUGCGUUUUCCUGGAAUUCACUUCCACACAUACACAAAAGAAAGAAGGUCGUACAUAAGCCCAACUCUCGACUCGACAUUGCGAACCACGGCCAUAAUCAAAUACACACACACACAUCCAUCAACCAUUCACAAUCACCACACUAAUACUCUGUCUGGCCUGAACCCAUGUCCAGGCGAGCCAUUCGAAAAAAAACCUUUCGAGCCGUAUACGAACAAUACAAGUUUAACUUUUGAAAUUUAAAAUUUGUUGUUGUAUUUUUUUUUUUGAGGGCAUUAGCAUUUUUGUUGCUGCUUACGAAACACCAACAACAAACAACAGCAACUGGCUUUCCUUCGAAGUACGAUGUGCGAUGUACAUGAAUAGAUACGCUUGCAUGUGUGUGACUUUGUAUAUGCGUGUGUAUGCAUGCAUGUGGACUUGACGAUGAACUGCAAGAUGCCCUCCCCGUCCUAAGCUGAUGCAUGCGUGCAACCUUACCUCCACUCUGACUUCUGUGCUUCUCAUUGUUGUUCCCGCUGCCGCUGCGGUGCAGCGCCGAGCAACAGAAAGUAAACAGACCCUGAAAUUAAUCGGAGGAGUAGGAAAUGUUGUCGUGGUCUCUGGCCACAGGCACUGAUGGAAUCACAGGGUCCCAGGCAGUUUUGUAUGGAAUCCUGAAAGAUUUGUUGAAGGAUUCCAGAAGUUGGGCAUACCUUCUUGCCUAUUAUUAAUUUUUAUGUUGAGAUUGACUUGUUGUGUAAGCGUCCCUUAAGAAUUCUACAAAUCUGAAUAUGAAUUCGUUAUUAAAAAAAAACAAGUAAAAGCGCGUUAAGAAGAAUCUUCUAUAACCUCUCCAAUGGAUCGCAUGUGACUAGUUCUUAGAAUGACUUUUUCAAAUAUAUAAGCGCUAUAUUAUGGACCGUACUUGUCAGGGCUGUUAGAAGUCAAAGAAGAAUACCACCUCCAAAACUUCAGGCAAAUCAAUUGAUAAUUGCGCCAUUCACAUGUUGGGAAUGUCAAAUUGGGAGUUCAGUUUAUAUGGCAGCUUUAUCAGGCUGUGAAACGAUCGGAUAAGAAUUACCCCCUCUAUAUGGCAGCUAUAUCAGGUUAUGAACCGAUUUGAACCAUACUUGGCACAGUUAUUGGAAGUCAUACCAAAACACCACGGUAAUUGCGCUUUCCAGAGGCUCAAGAAGGUCUGAAGGUCCGUUUAUAUUAUAGCUAUAAAAGUUUAUUGAAAAAUCCUUUCCUGUGCCGGGCACUGUCUGACUUUCCUUGCACUUGGUGAAACAGAUUUGUUAUUGGAUAUCCAUAAUUUGCUAUAGUAAUCUGUAUGGGCAAGAUAGAUGGAUUUGGUCAUGUCGGACUUGGUUUGCUCUUUGCGUUCACAGUUCCAAAAUUAUUUUACUAAACCUGUUACUGGGAAUUUCUGCCCUGUUUUAUCUGGUCUUUUUUUUUUUGAGUCAAGCAUAGCGGUUGAUUAGGCUAGGGAGCGUCGUGGGGGAUUGAGACAAGACAAAAACAUGCACACUUACAAACGCAUAUGCAUACGUACACACAUAAGCAUUUUUAAAUUAAAACAGAAACUUCAUAGCUUUCGUUUGCCACAGCACAGAAUAACAGAAGAAAAACGUCGUAGUCCGUAGUCGUCGGUAGUAUUUCACAAAAAGUAAAACUAAAUACACAGCAACAACGAAGACGACGACAACGUGAAGAACACCACACCGCCGCACACAAGCAUUCUGCCAGAAAGCAGCGAACAACCAAACAAACAUGCACGCUUACAUACCAUGCCAUACACACAUGCAUAUGGCUCGGUACACAUGUAGUAUGUAUGAAUGGGUGAUUGUGUGUGCGAGAAGAUAUGGCCAAAGCAGAACUGAAAACAGUUACAAUGGGGAAACAAUAUGCGAGUGUAGAAGAACGCCACAAAGAAGAAACGAAAAAACAACACCGACCAACAGCAACAACAGUGACAUGAACAUGAACGUUAUCAAAAUGCAAGCAGGCUUGUCAGGCGGACAGGCAGACAGUCGCAACAAUACCCCACGUACAAACUCACACUCCCAUGCUCAUACUCAUACAUCCGAUACGUGCAUAGCCGCCACACGGACAAACGAACGAACGGAAUGAGAGACCGACUAAACCAGACCAGUAUUUGACUAAAAAAGCAACCAGAAACCAAUCCAAAGCAAAACAAAGCAGCAAAGCGAGUAUUUCUUCCAGCCCUCUGUAUUGCGCUGGAACUGGUACCCAUUAAAAAUACGCUACACGCUGACGGUGAAUUCAUUGGCCAAACAGGGACGGUGUCUGAAAACAUUUUGCUCUCGCUUCAGGAGGGGACAGACUUUUAAUUCUUAUUCAAAGGAAGAGAGAUUUGCGAGAAAUUUCAAAUCUCUCUCGCCAAGCGGCUAAAUGUUCCUCUCCCGGAAACCGGAGAUCGCUCAAGUUUUACUUGAAGGACUCACUCAAUUUUUCGUAUGCCAUUUUUGGCGUAUUUCACAUUCCCUUCAACCAAUAAUCGCAAGUUACGAACUUACUAAAACAUACCUCAUUUAUACCAACAACAUGAGGGGGGUAAACUAUUCGACAAACUCAUCUCAGGAGAGAUGUUUGUGUUUGAAGCCAAAAGCAAUGCUGAAUAAAUAUUAAAUUUGUAGCCUAAGUUGAUUGGUUGACUUUUGCUUCUACAAAAGGCCUAAUGAAUAUCUAAACUUGAACUGGACUACACUCAUUGGUUUGUUCGUGGAAAGUAUGGAGAGUGCUGAAAAGUUUUUGCCUUAACUUCUUAUUUGUCCACCACAGCAUUUCUAAUUUCACCAUACCUACGUCUCUGUAGCACACAUUACCAAAUCCAUUCACAUACACACUCUCGUGUACGCAGGCAUGUAGGUACAUGUGAAUCAGUCUGUCUGUCGGUCGGUCGGUUUGCAAGUAGUUUCGUGUACGAGCUUUGUACUUUAAUGCAUUUCAUCGGUGGACGGAUGACGACGAGGGGGGAAUAGCUAAAGCUUCAUAUAACAAUCGAUAAGGCAGGGUACAACACCAACAACCAAGGCGAUGAUGGCGACGACAACAACUACAGACGGCUUAUAGCGAAAGACAAUAACAACAACACGAAUAUCAACGAAAAUACCCAAGACAUACCCCAUCACCACAGGCCGACAGACAUCGGUUACGAUCCAAAGACUCGACUCUUGGUGGUGGGGCUUUUGGCGGUCUGUUGCACAUGCAGUGCCUGCAUGCAUGCCCGUAUGGCUAUGGCCAAAGCCAGUUUUUCGUUUCUGCUUCGUCUCUUUGUGCUUCUCAAUUUUCUCUGGCGGCUCAGCAACUGUCGUUGAUGAAUGCGCAUGCGCAUGUGCGUGCAUCGAAAACAAUCAAAAAACAAAACCAGGAGAUUCGAUCCCCGUUGUUUUGUUGUCUUCUGGGCCCCUUGCUGUAGAGGGAGCCGCCGUUGUUGGUGUUGUUGCUUUUAAUUUGCCUUCUUACCUUUUUCGGUUGGGAUGUUUUUCUUGGAAGAAGUUACACACUGUCGUUUUGUUUGUAUCUGCUUGUAACAGUUUUUUUGUUAAAAUAUUUUUAAAAUACACACACACACACACUCAAAAACUAAAGCCUCCUCUGCAGGUUCAUGUUUAUGCACACGUACACACACACCCACACAUAAACCUUUUUAGUCAACUUUUUCCAUAUGUAAACGAAACGAGAGAUACUCGCAAAUGUUUAAAUUGUUUGUUUUUUUGUUUUUAAUUAUGUAUUACCUACUUCUUGUUUCGAAUGGAAAGAAAACUUGCCAAUGUGACAACGACAACAACAACAGCAACAUCCAUGCAUGUACAUAAAUAAGAAUUCGUAAGCAAAGACAAAAACAAAAAAAGAGAAUUUUUGAGAUCAAAUUGUUGAAGCAAAACAAAACUGAAAACAGAUAACCGAGUAAAAUUCUUUCUUUACAAAGUCGAGUUUGAAUUUCACGCUAAGUACAACAACAAACCAAAAUUGUAAUGACCAGCCAAUAGCGAGUGAAGAAUGAACACGCAAACACAUUCAUACACAUUUUAAAUCCCAAAAAGAAAAUCUAAAAAUUCUUUUUUUCUAUUGUGAUAUAAAAUUAUUAACAAAAUAUUUAUGUAAGUCUAACAUUUAGUUUGUAUUCCAAGUAAACAAAAACUUAGUCGAUAAGAGGAGACCUUCCGAGAGGGAGGCGGAUGACGAACAUCAAAUUUAGUCGAAUUCUGUCACCAAGAGACUCUGUGUAUUUUGUAUCGCUAAUUUUGUCCAGUAGUUUAGCCUCCUAUUUUGAAAGCGAACGUGGCAUGCAACUCGCCCAGUGCAAGUUGCUGUUCCAAAUUCGCGAUUCGAUCACAUUUUGCCUUAUUUGCUCUUAACUCUGGUUUUUCUCAUCUGUUCGCAUUGUUUCUAUGUUUGUUCCAUUAUAACGAAUUUGUUUUCCCCAUUAUCAUCAAAUUGUAAAUUUGUAACAACACAGUGCCUAUCAACUGCGAUAGAGCCAAACAAGCCAGCCAGCCGUGUGUACUAGUUUUAUUUUCAUGAGAUUUUCAGGUUUUAUAUAAUUUUAAUUUUUUUCUAUGUUAAUUUUAUUGUAAUAUUGCUAUUAUUAUUAUCAUCAUUAUGAUUAGUUGUAUUUGUACCAUAUAUAAUUGAAUAUUAAAUUGUUUAAGUUUGUUCUUAGUCUAAUCUCAAUGAAGUGUAAGUUCAAUGGAAACAAAGCAAAACAAAAAAAAAAAACAAAAACACAAAAAAAGAAAAACAAA